AUGAUUCAGCCAUUUCUUCGUGCCAGACCACUGGCCCAACGUGCUACCCUCUGGGCCCUCCGCCAGCCACAACCUCUGAUUAAGACCAGUUUAAAAUCUUUCACAACCACCCAAGUGGUAGAUGGCAAAGCAGGACGAAGUAGAGCCAGGGCAAAGCGCCGACAGAGCCCUUUAAGAACUAAAUCUCGCAAAGACUCUUCGGAGAAACCAAAAAGUAAAAAGCCAGCGAAAAAUAAGCAGCCCAGCUCUGCUGAGCCUGGAAAGUUUGCUUUGGGUGAAAAUGGAGCCCCGAAAGACAAGGGAGAAUCCCAUAAUGCAGUAAUACCGCCAUCCGCAGGCUUAUGGACCUCAUUAAAAUCCCGCCUUCAAGCCUCAAGCCCAUCUUCAAACCCAAGGAAAAGGCUGGAAAAUGACGUUGAAAGAACAGAGCAUGAACAGGAAAUUGAGGAUGAUUUGAUCGCUCGUUUAGCUGAGGAACCAGCGGCCCCCGAAAAAUUACCUCCUGGCAAGACUUCCUUAGCUAAAAAACUAGCAAAGGGGAAAAAGGCGAAAGGCAAAUCGAAUUUGGAUGUCAAAACUAUAAGGCCCCAGCAUCUGAAGCUGUGUCCAGUUGAAGAGGACGCCUUGCUACCAGUGCCGCAACUCUCACAUAACCUUGACCGAGUAUUGUUCAACCCAGGAGUCUACCACAUGCAGGAUGACCGAUCUCGCGUUUUCAAUUUUGAUCCAUAUCUGGCUUCCAUCAUGCCGGUGAAGGAGUUCGAUUUCGAUGCACUAAGGAGCUAUGUCACCUCUUCCAAAGACGUAAAGUUGAGACAGCUCAGUGCUGCUCACGGCAUGAAAUACUGCGGCUCAACGUCAAGCAUGACUUCGAUUUUAUCUCAUUUUCACUAUCUCCUCUCAGCCUGGAGAAAACCUAAUUUUGCGUAUUUAUCACGAUCACUAGAGCCGGAAUCUUACAACUUUACCGCUAUAAGCCGUGGCCCUGCCGCCGCUUUCGCGCACUUCAAUGAUGGAGUCUAUGCAUUUGACUCUGACAAAGAAUACGAUACCGAAAAUAUUCUGAGCUCGCUUGGAAAAUCCAUGGAAAAGCUCCUGACGUUGCCAAAAGAGGAGUUUGAAAAAUAUAGGAGAUCGCGGUCUCAUCAGCUGACAGAGGAAGAAAGAAACGCAGAGGACUCGUUCCACUAUACUACGUUGGGAGACUUCAUGAUGCGAUCACAGCUAGAUGCCUAUGAUCCCAGGCUUCCUGGUUCCGGUAUGUUCGACCUGAAAACACGAGCAGUUGUUGCCGUUAGAAUGGACGUCCGGGGAUACGAGAAAGGGGCAGGAUACGAGAUUCGGAACCGAUUCGGUCAGUGGGAGUCUUUUGAGCGCGAGUAUUACGACAUGGUUCGAACCGUGUUUUUGAAAUACUCCCUGCAGGUGCGAAUGGGCCGCAUGGAUGGCAUCUUCGUCGCAUAUCACAACACACAGCGAAUAUUUGGUUUCCAGUACAUCAGCUUGGAUGAAAUGGAUGUGGCUCUUCAUGGAACUAACGAUCGCCGAGUCGGCGACCAAGAGUUCAAAAUCAGCGUCACACUGUUGAAUGAGCUCAUGGAUAGAGCUACCAAGCGUUUCCCAGGACGAACGCUUCGACUGCAUGUAGAGACUCGCCCAACAAAGGUGCCUCUUACUUACUUCUUUGUUGAGCCGGUAACGGAGGAAGAAAUGACGAAAACUCAGGAAGCUGACAAAUCAACUGUUGAUGAAUUGGAGCGUGCCAUUAACAAGGCAGAAGCCGAAGAAGGAUCCGAACACAUGGGAGAAAAUGCACAGGCCGAAUCAUCACUGCCGUUCAAUGAGGAGGUGGAGCAGCUUUCUGACAAUCUUUCUUACCAAGAUGCUCAGAACGAGGCUGCCUGGAAUGAUAUGAUGAUCAAGGUUGAAGAAACAGUGGAAGAUGAUUCCCUGGGAAUAGGAUCAGUUAGGGAAGCGGUCCAGGAGGCUCUCGAGCAAAGCGGAAUACUCAAAGACAAGACUGAGCUUGAAAUCGAGCAGUAUUUGGAUGCUAUGGUGGCAUCCCUGACGGCACAUUCUUCUAAAAUUAAGGAGCUACGAGACAGAUCUGACGAUCCAGGAGAUGUCACAGGGCCACUUCGCAAACACGACACGGAGGAUGGUCUUGGUGCCGAUGAGCCAUCAGACGGGGAGAGACGUGAAACUUCAGGGUCCAACUUUGAUACAGCAGACUCAGAGAUACAAAAGGUUUCCUUAACAGAUUUGAUCCUGAAAGCCACAGAGGGUAUUGACAACAAGGCGCAAAAUCUAAAGACAUUUCAACGAAUGUUUGCCGAUCUAACUACAAGGGCCAAAGAAGAUGAUGAAGAAGCCAUUGGUGAUGAACAAGAGGCAUCUGCCAAGGACGAAAGUCCGAACGAAGAUGAGCUUGCCGAAGAAGAAGAGGGCGACGAGAGUGAUGCCGCAGAAAAUACGGAAGGCCCUGGACGGCCGCAACGGGAACUCUUUGGCAUGUUUGUCACUAUUCGCAACCAAGUGAAUGGCGAGCACGUUGAGCGACCAACAAACGUCAGAAAAGAAGACGAUUUCGACUGGUCGGUUCAAUACAACAUUACGGAGCUGCCCGAUACAAGGGCACGCAAUAUCUAUGCGAAACUCAAGCAGCGGCGAAAGAAGGUACUUGCGCCUACGCCUUCAGAAAACUGGGACUGGUACAAGAUGUUUCAAGGAAAACUACCGGCACUGGCCAAGAAGGGCGAAAUCUUUAGAGAGAUGCGUACUCAGCAGGAAGCGGACAGCCCGAUGCAUGUUGCAUGGGAACGAGGAGCUGUGUCUCGCGAGAACUUCCAACCACCGGAGAAAUGA